UUCAGCUUAGCUGAGUUAUCUGUAGGGUCUCACAAGCCUGCAACAAGGCAUUGGCUGGGUUAUGUUCCCAAGUUGAAGCCAGGAUCCUCCUCCAAGCUCAUGAGGUUGUUGUAACAAUUUCUUGCAGAUUUAGGACUGAGGGUCCUAUUUUCUUGCGGUCAGCAGGGGGCAGCUCUCAGAUCCCAGAGGCUCCUGCAGCUCCCUCCCACGAGCCUUCUCCACAGGCAGUUCACAACAUGGCAAAGUUCUUCUUCAGGGCCAGCAAGAGACUCUCACGCCAGUCAGCAAGAAAGGCGUGUUAUGUAACGUGUCUGUAACCAUGCGAGUGACACACCAUUAUCUUCACCAUGUUCUACUGCCUAGAAGCAAGUCACAGGUGCCACCCACACUCAAGACGAGGGAAUCACACGAGGAUGGGACUCACUGAGAGGGUGAUGGGGUCAUGGAAAGGUGUAUUUGCUGCAGGAAUUUAAAAAAGUGAGAGGGGUCAGAGUAAACUGGUAUCCUCAGGGGAGGUUUUACGGAGGGACUUAGGCUACAGUUUGAAGGAUGAGUAGAAGUGAGACCAGCAAAGAGCGGAAGAGAAGAGGCAGGACAUCAAGGGCUAAAGAACUGUAUGAGUGAUGGUGUGGAGGUGGGGUUCUCCUCACAGUACACAAAAAGCUAACAGAAACCUGCUGACUUUGUACAUCACAAAGGGUAGGAGGACCUUUUUUUUUUUAACCAAAAAGGAAGUUGGAUAAUGGAGAGUCCUGGCCUUGGUGUCAGAAAAUGUGGGUUCCAUAUUCAGUUUUGCUAUUAACUAGCAGUGUGAUUGGGGUCUGCUGGUUAUCCAAGUCUUGUUUCUCAAAAACGCUUUUAUUUACCUGGUUAUUGUGAGGACUAAACACGCUCUUGAUUAGGUGCUCUGCAAAUUGCCCUAUUUCCAAAGGUAGCUUCAUCAACUUUCAAGUUCCUGCUCUCUCUGGGUCCCCCAACUCUCUGACUCCGCUUUCUCAGCCUUUCCCCCGUUCUCCUUCCUCUUAAAGUCUGCUAAAUUUGACGAGGGAGAGCAUUCUCUGGGCUCUGACCUUGGCGCGUCUCUCACUCACUACCCUUCUGCCUUGGGGCUCUCAGGAGCCCCACCCAGGACUGAUGGCUCCCAAAUCUACGCUCCAGCCCAGACCCUUUCCCCCAAUGCCAGACUCAUGCAUCCAACCAGUAACUGAUCAAUUCUUGGGUCUCCCGCAGGCCCCUCAAACCCAACAUACCCCAAACUGAAUUAUCUUUCCGCCCAAACUUUUUCCUCUUCCGUUUCAUGCCUGCUCUUAAAGAAUCCCACUGGCAAAUCAUCAUUCUUUCUUCCCCCACCCACCUGAGAGCCAAAUGGUCACCAAGUCCUUUUUCUUUAGCUUUUCUUCCCUCCAUCACCACUGCCCUCGCUUGAAUCUCAUCAAUUCUCACCUGAAUCACUGCAGUCACUUCUUAACUGAUCUAUCUCAUUCUAUCUCCACACUGCACAAAAUGAAACUUCUGAAGCCCAGAUCUGAUGAUACUGCUGCUCUGCUCAAAAGCAUUCAGAGGCCCCCAAGUACUUCGGAAUGACAUCCAAACUCCUGGGUACCCUCUUCAGCAUCUGAAACCCUCCUGGAUCUGACUCUUGCCCACUUCUCCUGUCUACUCUGUGCCCACUUCCUCCCUGUCGCCUCUGCUCUGGCUUGCAGUUCUUACACUGCUCCAUGUUCUUACAAAUCUCUGUGUGUCCUGUCAUAUUUAAAAUGGAUAACUUUCCAGCAGUGAAAAUCUCAUGAGAACGUGCUUCUCGCAAAGGGUCUUCUUCAUCCCUCUCCAGAAGAGGAGAAGAAGAAACACAAGAAGAAGAGCCUGGUGCAGAGCCCCAAUUCCUAUUUCAUGGAUGUAGAAUGCCUUGGAUGCUAUAAAAUCACCAUUGUCUUUAGCCAUGCACAAACAGUAGUAGUUUUGUGUAUUGGCUGCUCUACUGUCCUCUGCCAGGCUGCAGGAGGAAAAACAAGGCUUACAGAAGGAUGCUCCUUCAGACGGAAGCAGCACUAAAAGUACCCUGUAUCAAGAUGAAUGGGAAACCAUCCCGAUAAAGACGUGUUGGAUACAUCCUGUUUAUUGUCUUGUUUUACUCCUAGGAAGCUCCUACCACACAUAUUCAGGGGCAACCAGAAGAGUGGACUCUAGAGUCACUCUAGAGUCUGGGGCAAGUAAGUGGCCAAGUACUUAAAAAGUCUAUUUGGGACAUUGCUAUCCCUAGGUUCAUGGAGUAAAUCUGCAGAGUUUGAUUAAAAACUGGAAUAGUAUGUAAAUAGGGUAUUUCCUUUUACUUGUAUGUUUUCUUAGAACUAAGAACUGACAGUUGAUACUUAAAACACA